AGAGCUAUCAGUUGAAAAAAAUAAAACAGGAUAAAAGACUGCCUCAUAUUAGAUGAAAUGGUUCAAAUUAUUUCUGAAAUGUUAAGCACAGCUUCUUCUAUGUUGAACCGUGAUGUUAGGGUACGAUGUCCUUUGUGUAAUGCAAAAUCACAAGUCAUUUACUGUGUUGAAUGUUUAAAUUCUGGAACAUUUUGUCAUAGUCAAUAUGAAAGUGAUGGAGAAAGGUACAUGGAUAUCUGCGUGAAUGUGUUCCGAAUAAGAGGAAAGAUGAAGCUUCUGGAGCAGAAAAUACUAGAACUUGAUCAAGAAAAACAACGAGCAUCGCUUUUGAUGAUUCAAAUUGAGAAACAGAAGAAGAAGAAUGAAAACAUGCAAAACACAGCCAUUGAACUGAAGAGGAAUAAUGAUCUCUUGCACAAAAAAUCGCAGCGCACAGACAGUAUGAUCGAGCAUAGACAUCGAAUCAACCUGCGUUACCGUAGCAGCAUGGCGCCGGCCAAGGAAAUGUUGGCUUCAACCAAGAAAAAGGCAUCUAUGCACUACAAGGAGCUGCAAGACAUUAGUGGUCGCCUCAAGGUUCAUAGCUGCGCACUCAUUGAUGAUCUCUUGCGCUUUGUGUUUCCUCUCGAGUAUUUGGGGGAACGUCACAGUGGUGAAGGUGCGGGUCCCUUACAACUAAUGAUGCAAGCUCCUGAGGGCUCCUUGUGGUCCAUUGACGACGCUUACUCCUUCUCUUUGUAUUCCAUCAGUAAAUUGCUAAUCCCAGGCUCAGGGUCCCUCCUGAACUUCAUACCAAGCGACGUGCAUACCAGCGACGAGGUCGUGGAGGCGACGUGCCCGGACUGGGCGGUGGGUCGCGACCAGAUGCCGUGUCGGGUGCUGAGCAUCACGGCGGCGCUCACGCACGUCACGCUCCUCGUCAACAUCAUCGCCUGCCUCAUGCAGGUCGUCCUGCCCCAUCACCUCUCACACGCGGAAUUCAACGACCACGAUUUGACGGAGGAAGUCUUGAAUUUUCUGCUGACGAAGCUGAGCAUCAACGUGGUGGUUCUAGCUACGGCCGUGGGCGUGGCCCCCGACUCUCUCAGUUCUCUGCACUGCAUCGUCAAGAACCUCGUGCUCGUCAUCAAGCACCUCAGUCACGCAAAGAUAAGUCCUGCCGUGCACCUCUCGGAGGCGGCGUACAGAGAGCUGCAUCGCGGCAGCGGGGCGCUCACCCUGCGCUCCUACACGCGCUGCAAGAACUUCCUGCCUUACCUCAACUCGGCCCUGCACGAGAACACCGAGCAGCUCCUCUACGACUACCACGUCGUGUCGUCGCUAGACCUCGACUUAGCCGCUACUUAGACCAAUCUCAGGACACUAGUUUAUUGGUUAAUUUCUUAACCCGGAUAUUGUAUUUAGAAACAGUCACAUAUGAACUCAAAGCGCUGGUACCAUGUUUCAGUUUUCGUUCUAAUUUGUACGUUCAUAAAUCACUUAAGCCUUCGUGUGACUGAUCUUGCAAUGUCUGUUCGUGCUUACAAUUUUUGUUUGAUCUUGAAGUGCAUACAUUGUUGGCUCUUCCGCCGAAGUAAUCUCAUGGUGCGUGUUUUUAUUCUAUUUCUCAACUCAGUUGUCACAUGUAAUAAAGACCCUAAUUUGCCCAUGAAUCUUGCGAGGUUAUUUUUUCAUUUGGAUUUAAUCGUAGCAUUUCAUUAAGUUGUUCUUCCAUUGCUUGUCUUUGUCUUUGGAAUAAAGUUUAAGGUGCCCAUUGUCAUUAAACUCGGCAAAGAUCUCUUAAUAUCUUACAGCAGGUUGCAAUGGUGAAGUCAAGUAAUCGUAUUGCGGAAAGCAUCCCUGUGAUUGUGUUCAUAGUUGUAACGACUCUUCUUCGCAGUGCUCAGCAGCUAGAGACCAUCCAUUCGACACUUCUGUGCGAUGGACAAUUUUUGGGUAGUAAAAUGUCAACAGAUUCGGCGGUGCGAUCUUUUGCACCGCCAGUAUUAAUUGCCAAAAAGCUUAUUUGCUCGACACGUUCAUCUUAUUCUACCUCAAAUUACCUUUCUCCUAGAAAAUAACUAACACUGCUUCCUAAAGUUAAUGUUGAAUUCAGUUCAAUAUGCCCAUAUCUCAUUUAUUGGGUGUUUUGUUUACGAAAUUGCUUCAAGCUCUUUAAUUUUUAGUUAUGCUCUCUGGAUGAAAAUAAUUUCUUAUAUUAUGUUGCGGAUUUUGAAACCAAUAGUCUUGUAAUUUCUCUCAUCUCUUCCAUCGAUCACUGGCAAUGUUUUUCUUUAUUUGUUCAUCGCCCCGUAUGAUUUCUAACGACUGUGAUGGAAUCCCCGAUAAAUGAAUAAAGGUCUGUUAGGUUGAAUAAAACGGGCCGUAUUCUUCAAACAACCAAAAAUUCGAGGUCACAAAGUUAUUUGGAUAAAUACUUCUAAAUUCGUAAAAAUUGAAAUUAGAAGAGAUUGUUUGCCUAAGCACCUGCCACUUGCUGUGAGCUACCACUGAGCCCUAAGCACUCGGUGACCUCAGCCUGUGGUAGAAGUUGGGCAGUCUUAUGUUGCGUAUGUGUAUGUGAUACUAUACUCGUCCAUGUAUGUUAAGUAUGCAUUCAAUGUUCGAAUGUGCGCGUAAUGACACAAAUAUUUGUUAGCUUAGACUUGACAAAAUAAACAGCUCUGCCAAAA